UGAAAGAAGAAGAAGAGAGAGAGGAGGAUGCGGUUUUUGGAGUGGAGGAGGAGGAGGGGGAGAUGUCUGUCACAUCCAAAAAGGAGGAGGAAACUGGAUAUCUGGGCCCGGUUUCCCAAACGCAUCUUAUGUCAUCCAAUGGUUCUAACGAUGAACUUAGGAGUAAGAUGGUUUUGAGAAACCGUUCCCUGAUUAACACUAGACAAGGAGAUGGUCGAGGAGGAACAAGUAAUACUUCAGGAGAGAGACUUGACUAUCGUGGAUCCUCUGGGGAGCCUCAACAACAACAUGAUGCAGAGCAGAGUCUCUCCACAUCAGAACAUCUCAAGAAACACCAGCAGACACCCACAGGGGAUAAAUCUAACCACUGCUCUGUCUGUGGGAAGAGUUACUCAAGAUCAGAUUCACUGAAAGCACACCAGAGAAUACACACUGGAGACAAAUCUUAUACCUGUGAUCAAUGUGGGAAGAGUUUUACUACAUCUAGCAAGCUGACUAUACACCAGAGAAAACACACAGGAGAGAAAUCUUUUCACUGCUCAGACUGUGGGAAGAGUUACUCAAGAUCAGAUUCACUAAAAGCACACCAGAGAAUUCACACUGGAGAGAAACCUUAUAGCUGUAAUCAUUGUGGGAAGAGUUUUACUACAUUGAGCCAGCUGACUAUACACCAGAGAAAACACACAGGAGAGAAACCUUACAACUGCUCAGACUGUGGGAAGAGUUUUGUUAUAUCAGGAUAUUUAAAAUCACACCAGAGAAUACACACAGGAGAGAAACCUUAUAGCUGUGAUCAAUGUGACAAGAAUUUUAGUCACUCAAGCAGCCUGAUUGUACACCAGAGAACACACACAGGAGAGAAGCCUUAUAGCUGUGAUCAAUGUGGGAAGAGUUUUACUGAAUCUAGUCAGCUGACUAAGCACCAGAGAAAACACACAGGGGAGGAAAUAUCACCAUUGUUGUGACUGUGGAAAGAGUUUUGUUUUGUCAGGACUUUUAUAAUCACACCAGACAAGACACACAGGAGAGAAGUCUCAUAGCCGAAAACAACAUGACAAAAGAUACUCUGAUAAAAUAUCUGAUUAAACAUCAUACAUGAAGGAGUUGAAUGCUUUUAACAUUGUAGU